UGCACGGAAGUUAGGUUUCAGUACAAGAGGACACAGCGGGUUAUAUACUAGGCUGUGCGAGGUUCUUGUCUGUCAUCAAGCUGUAACAGUAAGACAGAGGCUGCUUUGUGGAGGAAAAACUAAAGUGUGAAGGGGUGGAACAAGUCUGAAAAGACAGCAGACCAAAGUGCCUGAAGUUGGACAGGUGAAAGCCAAGGAUGGGGACAAUACCAACUGACAUUAAGAGGCUUUUGGAUGACUGUGAGCUGUUUGUAGCAGACAUCCUUGAAGAAGAGGAUCUGAGUGAAAAUGCCCAGGAGACACGGAAAGUCUUACUGAAUAACUUCCUGGUCGUCCAUGCAAGAAACCCUCAAGAAUUCCCCAUGCCAUCAUCGGACUUAAGAGAGGAAUAUGGUUCUGAUGACAACCGCAGUUCCAGUCUGGGUCGCUCCGCCCCAUCAGACGACGCCUCUGACUACCAGGAUGACGGAAACCCUGAUUACUUUGGUGAUAUUCCCCCUGUGGCAGCCCAGGACCUUGGCAACAUCUUGAAGCAAGGCUUCCUGGAGAAGAAACGACGAGAUCACAGCUUCUUCGGCUCAGAGUGGCAAAAGAGAUGGUGUGUUCUGAACAAUUCAAUAUUCUACUACUUUGGAAGUGAAAAAGAUAAGCAGCAGAAGGGCUCCUUUCAUAUCAUCGAUUACAGCGUGCAGCUGGUCACCAACCUGAGGAAAGACUCCAAAAAAACUGCCUGCUUUGAGAUCUUUUGUCAUGGACGGCGGGCUUUUCAGUUCACUGCCAGCGGUCCUCAAGAGGCAAGGGAAUGGGUGGACCAAAUCAAUUUUGUGCUUAGAGAUCUACGCUCCACAGCCAUCCCUUGCGAUGAUGAAGAGGAGGAGGAAGGUGAGGGCGAGGAAGAUGAGACCUAUGAUGAUAUUGAUGGGUUGACUGCCCAUCCCCUGCAUCGCCUCGGCCCUUCCAAGGACCAUGGGCAGGAGACGGGGCCGGUUGAAGAGGAGGAUGAGGAUAUCUACGAGGAGCUGCCAGAUGAGGAUCUUCAUGGUCUAACAGAUGAAAGCGGUGAGAAGAACAACAGCUCAGCCUGGUCCUUAGAUUACGCUAACUACUACCAAGGUUUAUGGGAUUGCCUGCCUGACGAGCCGGACGAGCUGGGCUUCCAGAGAGGAGAUCUCAUCUGCAUCAUUAGCAAGGAGUACAAUAUUCACGGCUGGUGGGUUGGCGAGCUGAACGGCGCUGUGGGGAUCGUCCCCAAGGACUUCCUGCACCCUGCCUACAUCCUCUGAGCUCCAACAGCACUGUUACUGACGCUGGCCAUGAAUCUCAAAGACAGCCCCUUCAAAUAAUCUAUUUUUAUUGGAAAAGUAUUUUCUCUCAUAAGACUAAGUUAUAUCAUGUGGAUGUGCUGCCGUAGUACUUAUUCCUGUCACACCUGUACAAGCUAAAACAAUUAGUUGAUCAAUCAUUUUGUCAAUGAAUUAAGUAAUUUAUCAGGAAAAGCUUUUCAAAUUUGUUUUAUAUAAUUAUAAAUGUAAUGCAUUUGUAUUUUUGGGCUGUGUUAGAUUGGGGUUUUUCACAGAUGCAUUAAAUGAUUAAUCAGAAAAAUAACUAAAAGAAUAAUGAAUAAUGAAAAGAAGAUAUAUGGUUAUAAUUGAUUUGUUGUUUGUCAUUUAUCAACAAAUGCUCCUAAAAUGUAAUGAUAUGCCUGUUUACUUUGAUUUAUAUCAUUUACACUUUUAAAUACUUUAGUGUUUUUGACCGCCGGUUUGGCAAAGAAGUCAUUUGAAGCCAUCAUUGGGCUAUUUUAAUGGGGAUUUUUUUUCAUAUACUAACCAGUUAUUUAUCACGAUCGUAAAUCAACAUAAUACAUUAAAAUAAUUGUUAGAUGCAGUCCUAUUUUUUUUAUGUAUUAUUUAUUGUUAUCUAAUCAAUUACUUAAAUUAAGAACUGUGCAGAUUUGUUUCUCAUUUUUCUGAUAGACAUUAAAACAUAUAAGCAGAUGUGAUGUACAAUAUGAAAAACAUUUUGAAAUACAUUUUACACAAAAAUA